UGACAUUUCAUUAUUAGACUAAUUGAUUGCAGCUAGAAAAUUUGAAGGUCAAUGAAAGAGCAAAACUGUUUCACAUAACAUCAGAGGAGCUUGUGUGAUUAUGAUAAUACUUAAUUUAGGACCCUGUAAGAUAAUGGUAUAGUCCAAUUGUGCACCCCUCCACACUGAGAUCAUUUGAAACUGCCCAUCCUGCAGUGACUGCUGGGAAGAUACACAGACGUAGCAAACUGAAGAGUUUCUUCUUCAGGUAAACAUCGCUGGCUCUUCCUCCAGACGCAAUGGCUGAAAAUGAGAUCUUAGAAGACCCAGAGAAGCUGAAGAGGGGCCUUGUGAAGGUUCUAGAAUGUGUGGCCACCAUCUCGUCAGCAGCAGCGGUGGUCAAUCCCAUCUUCGGUGUGGCGGGCUCUCUCAUCCGGGUGGUGCUGCACCAUGUGGACGAUGAAGACAUUCAGAAACUCAAACGUGAGUUUGGCAGCGUGAAUCGAGCCCUGGAUGAAAUCUCACAGCAGAACCAGAAUGUAUUGCUUCAGAUCAGGAAGGAGACGGUGGAUGGCCUGUACUGUCGUGUAGAAGAAAACAUUCGCAAUCAGUUCUGCAAAUUCAUGGACACCGUGGAGGCAACGGCAGCACACGAACAGCGCAGGAAGGAAUUUGAAAUGAGCUUUGUGAUCAAUCAGUGUGACCAGAACCUGCACACACUGUAUGGUGCUGUGAUGGGCGAAUCAAAGAUCUUCAGCCAGCCCAUCCUAGAGGUGUACAUGAAACAUUCACAGGGUGACCAGCGCGUUAUGGAGAACCUCUGCACACGACUCACAUACCUGUUCUGCAUCGGCCUCAUUGCUCUCAUGAGUUAUGCUGCCAUCGUCGGAGAUGAUGAGGAAGCUUUGAGCAUCGAGUGGGAAGAGAAAAUGAAAGAUGUGGCCAAAAAAAUGUCAGAAGUGCUGAUCACUUAUUAGUGACUUUAACCCACUUGACUUUUUACCCCACUUUUCUUCAUCUAUCUUUCUGUCUUCUCUGUCUAUUUUAAUUGUCAAUGCACUAGCAACUAAUAAAAGAAAAUCACAACAACUACCUAGCAAUGCUCUCACAACCUCUCAAAACCUCUGUAACCCCAUCUAUCUAUCUAUCUAUCUAUCUAUCUAUCUAUCUAUCUAUAUCCUAGCAACCACCUAUCAACCACUCAAAACAAUGUAGCAUCUGCUUAGCAAUUGCCUUGCAACCACCAUGAACAACCUGUUAACCCAUUCCUAAUGUGUACCUGCAAAUAUUUGCACUUGUGAAACAAAAGUUAUAUGAUACUGUGAUGCAGUGAUAUUAUUUUCUGACUAUUUUCAUCUUUCUCUACAUUCUACUACAUUAGCUCAAACUUAAUCUGCCCAAGCCAAAGUCAAAAUAAUAACUUUUCUUUAAUGUCAAUUGAUGUUACAAAUCUGUAAUCCUAAUGACUUACAUAGCCUUAAACUAUUUUUUUUCUGUAAAUCUCUAUCUCUCUAGAAUAACAUUCUAUUGUUAUAUUCUUCUAGCAUUGUCUCAAGUACUAUGUAGAAUUAUGAAUAAAGCGAUUGUGCUUUAAA